GGGGCGGCCCGGGGCGCCGGGAUAAAUGCGCGGCAGGAGGCCACCUGCAGCCCGCUUGGGGGCCACACCAUGUCACUUGUGCUGCUGAGCCUGGCCGCGCUGUCCAGAACCGUCCUGCCCAAAGAACCGACUAUUCAGUGUGGCUCUGAAACCGGGCCAUCUCCAGAAUGGAUGGUCCAGCAUCCUCUGACCCCAGGAGACUUGAGAGAACUCCGAGUGGAACUUGCCAAAACCAGAACCACAACAGAGGACUGUUCAAUUUUGAUGAACGUAAGCUGGGUGCUCCGGGCAGAUGCCAGCAUCCGCUUCUUGAAGGCCACCAAGAUCUGCGUGACGGGCAAAAGCAACCUCCAGUUGUACAGCUGUGUGAGGUGCAAUUACACAGAGGCCUUCCAGUGGCAGACCAGACCCUCUGGUGGCAAGUGGACGUUCUCCUACGUAGGCUUCCCCGUGGCACUGAACACACUCUAUUUCAUUGGGGCCCAUAACAUCCCCAAUGCAAAUAUGAAUGAGGACAGCCCUUCUUUGUCUGUGAACUUCACCUCACCAGGUUGCCUAGACCACACAAUGAAAUACCAGAAAAAGUGCCGCGAGGCAGGAAGUCUGUGGAAUCCCAACAUCACUGCUUGUAAGAAGAAUGAGAAGAUGGUUGAAGUGAAUUUUACAACCAGUCCCCUUGGAAACACAUACAGGGUUCUUAUCCGACAUGACACUAUAAUUGGGUCUUCCGAUGUGUCAGAGAACAAACAAACAAGAACUUCGGUAGUCAUUCUGGUGACCGGGGAAAGUGAAGGUGCUAUGGUGCAGCUGAUUCCGUAUUUCCGGUCAUGUGGCACUGACUGCAUCCGACGGAAAGGAACGGUUGUGCUUUGCCCACAGACAGACGGCCCCUUCCCUCCAGAUAAGAACAGAAGCAUGCUGGGAGGCUGGCUAGCUCUCCUAGCACUGCUGGUGGUCUCAUGGAUGCUGGCAGUUGGGAUCUAUCUAAUGUGGAGACGUGAAAGGAUCAAGAAAGUUUCCUUCCCUGCCACCACACUACUGCCCCUCAUUAAGGUUCUUGUGGUCUUCCCACCUGAAGUGUGUUUCCAACACACCGUCUGUUACUUCACUGACUUUCUUCAAAACCACUGCAGAAGUGAGGUCAUCCUUGAACAGUGGCAGAAAAAGAAAAUAGCUGAGAUGGGUCCUGUGCAGUGGCUUACCACGCAGAAGAAAGCAGCAGAUAAAGUGAUCUUCCUUCUUUCCAAUGAUGUCAGUACUGCGUGUGACGGGACCUGUGGCCAGACCGAGGGCAGCCCUGGGGAGAACUCUCAAGACCUGUUCCCCCUGGCCUUUAACCUUUUCUGCAGUGAUCUAAGCAGCCAGACUCAUCUGCACAAAUACAUAGUGGUCUACUUCAGAGGGGCGGAUCCCAAGGACGACUACAGCGCUCUCCGCAUCUGCCCCAAGUACUGCCUCAUGAAGGAAGCCACUGCUCUCUGCGCUGAACUUCUCAGUGUCAUGCAGCACAAGUCAGCGGGGAAACGGCCACGAGCAGGCCACAGCAGCUGCUCCCCCUUGUACCCCACCCAAGAGAAGGGGGAAGACUCAGAACCUUCUUACCCAACAAUUCCUGGGGAGAAACCUUUGUGACAACUAAGUUUACCAUAUAGGCUGCCUAUAGGCAAGACCGUAACUGAACACAUAUGCCUAAGGCUACUUAUUAAAAAAUGUUCUGCAGUAAAACUGUUACAAACAAGAUGGGUGUGAUGGACUAUGCUGGUAAUCCCAGCACUUGGGAGGCUGAGACAGGAGGAUCACCAUGAGUUCUACGCCAACCUGGACUACACAGUUCAAGACCAGCCUGGGUUACACAGCAAGACCCUAUCUCAAACAAGAAAAUAAUUGUUACAAACAUUACUAACUACAGGAACAUUACUAAACAACUCAAACUAAAUUUAUAGUUACAACGUAAACCAAUUUUAUAUCUAAAAUUGAAGACUAAUCAUUCAGAUAAUGUAGCAACCAGCCAGAUGUCCAGUCUUCAAUAGUCUAUGGCCUGACCAGGGAUAUAGCUCAGUGGCACAGUGCUUGCCUGGCAAGUGCAAGGUCCCGAGUUCAAUUCCUGGUACGAAAAAAAAAAAAUUGUCUAUGCCUUGCGCUGUAGAUUGUUUAGCGCUGUAACAUUCUAAGUUCAAUUAAUGAUGACUAAAUUUCAGAACUUUUCACUA